GAAAGACGCUAUGGUUCAACAUUUGUAUAUGGGACGAUCACCUCCUGUGUUCACAAAAAUGAGGGUUCUUCAUCAAACCACUGAUGACGACCACUUGGUUUUGGAGUUGGGAAUGAAUUUUCGGACUGCAGAUGAUAUGAGUGCAAUACUUGCUGUGAAAUUAAGUAAGAGAUUGGGUUUUGGAAUGCGGGCAAAGUUGCAUUUGAUGGGCAUGCAUGUUGAAGGGAAGGUCUUGGUUGGGGUAAAGUUCCUUCGUCACUGGCCUUUCCUUGGCCUUUUGAGAGUAUGCUUUGUCGAGCCACCAUAUUUUCAUAUGACAGUGAAACCUAUUUUCACUCAUGGGCUUGAUGUUACAGAACUUCCAGGGAUUGCUAGAUGGUUGGAUAAGCUUCUCGCUGUUGCGUUUGAGCAGACACUAGUUGAGGUGAAUUUCUCUAGACUUUGAUACUCCCUUGUAGUGUUUUAGUGUUUUCCUUAUUCCAUUGAGACAGUUUGGGCUCUCUUUUUGUAUUUUCUCAAAGACAUUAGCAGUUGAUUAUUUAGUUAUAUAGACUUUUGAUUCUUUUUGCAAGUAACAAAACUUUUGAUUAUUUAGUUUGGGCUCUCCUUCUUUUUAUGCUUCAUACUUCUUCCAUUCUCUCUUUCAUACACAUGCAAGUCAAAAAAAAAAAAAAAUCUAUCUAACUAGAGAAAAGGGCCUAACAGAGGCAAAGGUAAAAAAUCCUUUUCACGGCAUGAGAUGCUGCUUAGAUGCUUUAAAGCUGAUUGACUAAGACAUAUCCCUCUCACAAUAACCAUCAAAGCCAAUAUAUCUCCUCCCAAGUACAUUUUUUACAGGUUGCUUUUUUAAAUAUGUUUACCCUAAUUACUUUGUAUUCACCAAUUAUCCCUAUUUCUCUUUAUGUUUCAAUUGAGACAAUCAAAUUUAUACAAUCCAAUCAAUAUAUUAACAACGAUUUGCAUAUGUACCAUGUUGAAACCAACACCCCUGCAUUGGCACGGACAUCCAAUCUGAAUGAGGAGCUUGGCCAGGUGGAGUAUAUCUUUUCUGAUAAAACUGGAACCUUAACAAGAAAUUUGAUGGAGUUCUUUAAGUGUUCAAUUUGGGGAGAGGUCUAUGGAACUAGUCUCACGGAGAUUGAAAUUGGAGGAGAACAAAGGAGUAGCAUAAAAGUUGAUGAGGUUCAGAAAUCAUCAAAUUCAAUACAUGAUAAGGGUUUCAAUUUUGAUGAUGCUAGGCUUAUGCGAGGUGCUUGGUGGAGUGAACCUAAUCCUGACAUGUGCAAGGUAUAUGAGUUUAAUUGACAAAAAUAGAAUGAUUGUUGCUAUAUGAUAAUUCAGCACAUCAACUGGUAUUUAUUUUCUAUAUAUUUUUUUGUAGCUGUUGAAGCCAGCUCAUCUAUGGCUAUAUAUUGUAUAUUGUAUAAGAUUCAAAGUGUUGUGAUUGCUGUCAAUAUGUAGUUGAAAAAUAGUUUAAUGUAGUUUUAUUUCUGUUGGGAGCUCUUCAAAUGGCUUGUGUGUGUUGCUUACCAUUGUCUGAUUAGUUUGUAUGCUGAUACAUCCAAUUUAGACGAGGUCCAUCGAGU